CGCUUGUCCAAACAUGAAUGCACAAAAAAGCAGUCGCGCUGGCCGGCACAAAACUGUUACGUUCUCACUCAUUGCAGCUAGCUACAACUGAAGGACACAGCAGACAGAGACAAGGGACGGUGAAGCCCUGACCGGCAGCACAGCACAUGAGCGUACGUCCCCACCUUUGCAUGGUGUGGCUUGCUGCCCCUCGCCUUGCGGGCGUCAGAGAGUGAAGGGAAGUCCUCCAUAUCGAUAUCCUCCUUCUCUUGGCCGUGGCCGCUGGUGCCCCAUGCUGGCUUGGGGGGUGCGUGCGGGUGGUCGGGUGAGGGCCGAUAGCGCUGCACCGUGGCCCUUGCCGGCCGCUGAUUGUUCCUGGGUCCAUGCUGGUGGUGGUGCAUCCUGUUGUCGUUGUUGUUGUUGUUGUUCUUGGUGGUGGUGGUGGUGGUGGUUUUGUUCCGGUUGUUCUUGUUGGGGCCGGAUGGCGCAGACGGGGCGGCUGAGACCUUGACCUCGCCGACCUGCACACACAGACAACACAGACACAUGCACAGGGAGCUCCGGAUGAAGCCACUGAUGCAUCUGCUGACCGGCGUGGCAUUGGGGCGCAGAAUGGUGUCGAAGAUGGCCUGCUGCCGACGUCCCCUGGUCUGUGUCUUGUGCAUCAGCCACUGCCACAGCUGCCCCACCGUCCACCCAUCCAGCGCCCUCACCACAUCGGCCAGCUGAGCAACGCGUCGGUCGUCCAUGGGGUAGUAGUGCAUGAGCACCCCUGCCUGGCUGGAUGCCAUCCACUGGAUGAGGGCCUUCAGCUGCGGAUCGCCGCCAAACACACCGCAGCCCCAAUUCCCUGACACAAAUCAACACAUGGGAGAAACAGUGUGUAAACCAUGGGGUCUUCUGUUGGUGGUGCCAUCGACUCACCUGUUGCGAGUGCCUGGGUGUGUCCAUCACCGCCGCCAUGACUGAGGGCGGCAUAGACCUUGUUGGUCUCGCGCAGGAUGGCGGCCAGGGAGUACUGAUCGACGUGUCGGUCGGGCGUCGAGAAGUCGAUGGCAUCGAAGGCCACGACAUCGCACACCAACGAGCUGUCGUCGGUGCUCGUUGCUGGCCCGGCGCACCGAAAUGAGUCCUUAUACCCCUAAAUGAGCCAUCACCAGCACUCAUAGGCUAAGUGGAAAUGCGUGAACGCAUCGUAUACCUGAUAGUUGGUGAAUUUCCUUGUUCCCCUGAUGACGGCCGCGUCGGUGUCGUUGAGUGGCGGGAUGAGAAGCCGUGCGACGAGCAGCUCGGGCGAUAUGGCGAAGCGAAUCUCCUCCUGAACACUCCCUGCACACACACACACACACACACACACACAGAUGGCCAUUGCCUCCACGCCCUCCCUCUCUGUCUGUGUGUGUCUGCUGUGCACCUGAUGCGAGUACGCCCCCGCCGAGCACUCUGUUGGCGAAGUCGGCCUGCAGGCCCGGCGAACACUCUAUGCGGUCAGCACAUCCCAUCACUGCCACGGGCAGCAGAGGGGCUGUCGAGCUGCUCCAGAAGGACGCCCCUGGAGAAGGCGUCAACGACAACCGCUCGAAUGUGAUGACGCGGUUCAAGUGAUGACUGUUCUCUUCCACGGCGGUGGCCAUCGAGCUGAGGUACAGAAUGAAGCACUUCAUCUUGGCCACUGCACUAGGGGCCUUGAGAGGGAAGAGGCGGCGGAAGUUGAUGGUGCUGCUGUGGUGGCCCGACCAGUGUGUGCCGUUGUCCUCGUGAUACAGGCAGAGGAAGCCCAUAGCGACGAGGAGGAAGCACCGAUAGGCCGACAGCUGGGCCCGGUGCCUCUGGCCAUCCAGCGUGUGGAUGCAUUGCAGAAGGGACGGGGAGUGCUCUCGCACAUGCUGACACAUCACCCGCACCGUACGCGACAGGAAUGCCUCUCGGUGGUUGGGUGGCAGCUGACUGAGAGCGACGCGGAGGCCAUCGAGGCGCGGUGCCGUCUUCGUGCUUGGACUCAUAAUGAGGCUGAGGUCAUUCAGGAGCGACAGCAGGUCCCCAGCAUGGGAUAAACCAUCAUUCUCUGUCUUCCUCAGCCGCGCGGUGAUGGUUUGCCAUCUCUUCUCAUCGCGGAAGGGGAAAGGAAUGCAACCGGCCUUGCUGUCCGUCAUGUUCACACAUCCCAUUUCCACACAAGGAGGAGGGAAAAG